AUGUGUAAUAUUUCAACACGCUAUCAGCUCAUUUUGUAUUUCUUAUGUUUGCAGCACUAUGCGAACCGUUCCAAGGCAUAUGAUAAAGCGUUCAAGGAAGUCAUCCGGAAGAUUAACGAUGGCACAUCAAUCUCAUCUCUGCGUCGAUUGGCCACCAAGUAUACUUUCGGCGCUGUGGACUGCAUCUUGCCUACAGGGAUGUUCCUCGUCAGAGACGUGCUCAACUGCAUUUGUCAUACGAUUGUGAAAAACAAGGUAGCCCUGGUGAUCUUUGUCACUGCUUCGGAAACCUAUGAUUCUACAACAUCGGCAGAGCAGUACUUCCUCACUCUUGUCGCCUACACGGGAAUUCCAGUAAUUGCCUGGAAUGCCGACAACUCCGGAUUCACUUUUGGCAAGGACCUAACACCUUUCCGCAUUAUCCAGAUGGCACCUCCAAUAGAACAUCAAAUAAGGGCAAUGAUCGCUCUUCUACGACGGUAUAGCUGGUCGAAAUUUGGUGUGGUCUGUUCUCAGAUGGCUGGAUCAUCGGAGUUCAUCAAAAGUGUCCGUCAUGAAAUCGCUGAAGCUAGUAACAAAUCAGCCAAAUUCGAAGUGAUGUUCUAUAGCCAACUGGACACGUCGAAUGUGACUGAUAUUGAUACACAACUGGUCGAAUUGAAGAAGAGCCAGUCGAAAAUUGUGUUGCUCUACGCCACAGCCGCACAAGCAAGAGCCAUUUUCGAAAGAGCCACCCCACUAGGACUCACAUCGGACAAAUAUCUAUGGAUUGGUACCCAGUCGGUCCGCAGUACUCAAACUUCUGUCACCGGCCAUGUUCAGCCAGGCAUGUUGUCCCUAUUCGGAGCUGCGCUUCUUCUUUUACCACCGAAUCAGUCGAUAUCGCUUCAAUCAACGGCUUCUUGCAGAGAUGAGGAUGGACCACCCAGUUGGGACGAUGGCGAGAGAAUUUACGAGUUAAUGAAGAUGGCGUUUGUGAAGGGCAAUCCGUUCCACGUCGAUGACGGUCACGACUCUUUCUUCUACACCUUCAACGAAUAUGGAAAACUGAAAAAUUCUAUGCUGCAGAUAUCAAAUCUACGGAAAAAUCCAAAAGGCUUCUUUAUGGACAAGGGUGGGAAUAUUCACCAACAACGAACUUCGAAUGGCCGAUGUGGAAUGGCCGGGCGACAAAGCGAAUCCACCGCAAGGAACAGCCGACAAAUUUCAUGUCAAGUCUCUGAUGUUGACCCGGAUACAGGGCGCUGUCCAGGGAAUCAAGGCAGUAUCUGCGACUGGGGCGAUGAAGAGAUCGAUAACCGGAACUCUGUGGAAAUGCUGCUCUGGUUAUUGCUCGAUUUGCUUCAACAAUGGCAACGACCCUCGUUCACCUAUACUCUAUACAAAGUGCGAGAUGAAAAAUGGGGUCUAAAAACGGAAAGUGGCUGGAACGGUCUCAUCGCUGAUUUGAUCAACAACAAGGCGGAUAUGUGCGUUACAUCUCUGAAGCUGAAUUCAGAACGUGCACGGGACAUCGACUUCUCCUUACCAUUUCUCGAAACGGGCAUUGCCAUCAUUGUGAAAAUCAGAAGCGGAGUGCUCUCACCAACAGCAUUUCUCGAACCCUUCGAAUACUCGACAUGGGUGAUCAUAUUAUUGGUCUCGAUUCAAGGAGCUGCCCUUUCCAUCUUUUAUUUUUGA